AUGCAAUCGAGUUCGACGACGUGGGAUAAGAUAAAAGCCGAGUACGUGUCUCUCUAUGACGCCUACUCACACGCAAGUAGCCCGGAUUCGAGCACCUACCAUACGAUAGUGCCGCGAAGCGACGCAACGUUGCCACUUCCGGUAAGUGUCAGGUUCGAGUUGUUCUCCAUCGGCGGCUUCGAUGCCGUGGACGGUGCCUUGAACCUGAUCGGAAGUCUGAACAUGUCCUGGAAGGACGAGACCGGUAAUUUCCCAAACUCAAAAACACACGAGGUGGACACGGUGAUAGUGGACUAUUCAAGCGUCUGGACGCCAGUCAUUGUGAUGGUGAACUCGGCAGACUCGGUGAGUAGAGUUGGCGAUUCCACCUACAAAGUCAGGUUUAAUUUGCGGACGGCGGAGGUGAACUGGAAACCGCGAAUGAUCGCGAAGGUCGCGUGCGAGCCGGAUAUGACGUAUUUCCCGUUCGACCAACAUAAUUGCGAGUUAUCAUUCACGACCUGGUUUCAGAACCGUUCGAUUCUCACCCUGACUUUGGGUAGUAGCGAGUGGAAUUUGGACAAUUAUGACGUCAAUGGUGUGUGGGAAAUCGAAGAAACGACGGCAGAAAUUUCAGAAGUCGGCGGUUACGAUUACGCAAUGUUUACGAUCAAAUUCAAUCGAAAUCCAAUGUAUUUCGUCAUCAAUCUCGUAUUUCCGGUACUAUUACUAUCCCUUCUGAGCGGCUUCGUGUUUAUUCUUCCGGCCGCUUCCGGUGAACGAGUCGGCUUUGGAAUCACCUGCUUCCUAUCGUUUAUGGUUCUGCUGCAGACGAUAAUGAUAUACAUGCCACAAACGUCAUCGCCCAUGUCCCUGUUCUGUUAUUACGUCAUCUUAAUGUUGCUCUUUUCCGGUUUUCUGAGCAUCGUUACUAUCCUGCUUUUGAAGGUUAGCAACGAUUCGGGCACCGAUGUGCCGAAAUGGCUGGUCCAUUUUGUCGAGAUCAUCAAAUGCAUCAAGAUCCGGAAGUUAAUCCGGGCGCGCAAAAAUAAGCGCGCAAUAACGCCGGCCUUGGAAGAAAUAGAUUUGAUGAGACCGGGAAAUAUUGCCGAUUCCACGUUUCGGUCCAAGUUUCAAGCGGACAGGAUAACGGAUGAGCACCAAUCGACAAGUCCUGUUCAAAACGGUGCGUCGAAACCGGAAAUCGCUAAGAAUGACCACGCCGUAGCGACAAAAUCGAUACUUUUCGUUAAAGAAUUUCAGCCGGACAACAACGGCGACGAUGAUGAUUGCAAAGCAGAUACCGACGAGAACGCUUCCGGAGUCACGUGGGAGUCCGUUGCCGGGAUUCUCGACACAUUCUUCUUCGUAGCGUUCCUCGGCGCCCAGGCCGCGCUCAGCGUGUUUUUCCUGGUGCCUAUUGCGACGCGCGUAUAG